AAAAAGCAGAAAAAUGAAAAUACAUCUCCUCUUCCCACCAUAAAAAUUUGGGAAGAAAGAAUCCUCUCAUCAACUUCAACACCACAUAAGAGAAUUCAGAAACAAAUUGGGGAUGAACUAGGGUUUUUCUGCUUUGAAAAAUGCAUCAAACCCAUGAUUUCAAUCUGUUUAUCUGUCCCGAAAUUUAGGGCUUUUACUAGUCAGUCUCAGACUAAUCUGAUGCUGAGUUCAAAUUGCAUUCAUUCUCUACCUCUGCGCCCUCACCUCUCAGCCUCAAGUCCUGGAUUUAGCCCUUCGAGGUUUACCUCUAAAUCGCCUUUUGCUCCUGCCUUGACCUUUCGGGUUCUCGAAACUCAUCACAGGUUCUCAACCAAGAAGUGGAAAAUCUCAUGCUUUCGGCAUGAAGAGUUUCCAUCUGGAACUCCAAAUCCAGAGUCUGCUGAGGAGCUUCUGCAUGAGUCAGAGAAGGCAGAUGUUAAUAGAACAAGUUCUGAAAGAAGAAAUUGGGCGACAACUCUUAGAGAGGUUGUGGGUGCUCUGUUUAGAGUAAUUGGGAGACCGUGGACUGUACCAUGGACUGCAGAGACCAUCCUACAGGUAACACUCCUUUGGAUUGUGUCAUUCUGGUUUGUGGGAUCAUGGAUGAUCCCCUUUGGAGCUCAUGUUGUUGGCUUCAGUAGGGAAUCACUAACUUUUAGAGGACAAGCUUUCUUCAGCCUUCUAACAGAUGUAACUGAAGGCCUUGCUGGAAUUUUAAUUCUUCACCGCUGUUUGUCUCGGUUUCGUCCCCUUCCAUCUGAUUGGUUCAAAUUUAGCCUAAAAGGCAAUUGGCUGGUCGAUGUCUUGCUUGGAUGUCUCAUGUUUCCAUUAGUCAACUGUCUCUCACAAUUCAACCUGGAUUUGCUGCCUGUCUUACCUUCUACUCCUGUCGCUCUCUCCAGCGUAGAGCAGUCAAUCUUAGCACGGGAUCCUAUUGCAAUGGCUCUUUACGCACUUGUACUUGUUGUCUGUGCUCCUCUGUGGGAGGAGAUUGUAUUCCGUGGUUUUCUUCUGCCGUCGUUGACUAAAUACAUGCCUGUGUGGUGCUCAAUCUUAGUCAGCUCAGUUGCCUUUGCGUUGGCACAUUUUAAUGUACAAAGGAUGUUACCACUAAUUUUUCUUGGGGUCGUGAUGGGUGUAACUUAUGCGAGAUCGAGGAAUCUGUUGCCAUCCAUGCUCUUGCACAGCCUGUGGAACGGCUUCGUAUUUUUGGAUUUGAUGAAAUGAAAUACCUGUAUUCUUUUCACAUACUAGUUCAUAAUCUGUAGCCUGUUGACCUCGAAAUCCCAAGCAGAGAUGGAAGAAUAGGGCAGAGACAGUAUUAUUACACAAGCGAUAGUCAAAUCCUUGAUCGGGUAGAAUCAGUCCUGCAUAAUAUGUUGCAUGAAACAACCUGGCCAUUUCGUUUCUUGGCCCAGUUGAGGAAUGGGAACCAACAGAAAUUUACAUGAGGUUGUAAUCUGCAUGUUGUAAUAUUGAAUAGGUCAAUCAUCUGUAGUGCAAGUUGUAAAUUUUACUAGAAACUCCGAGUUAUGGAACAAUGAACGAAUGUUCCUCAAA